AUGGCCACGGUAUCCCGGCCUGACACCCCUGUCGUCGGCGAGCUAAUUCGGUCUGAUAGUAGUUUCUUCCCUGAUGAGGAUGAUCUCUAUGGUCACAUGUAUGAUGACAAUGCUGCCCUAAACGGCGAUGGGGACGACUCGACCAUCGACAGUGAGGGCGAAGCGGAGCCCCAAGAUCCUAUCUCUAUCAAGGAAAAGUUGAAGGAAAUCAUUGAUAAGAGCCAGUCUGGCGAGCUAGCCAAGCUCGACUGGCCCCAAUUCUUAGCCGAAUAUGAGAAAUACUGCCUCCCAAGGCGGGAUAGAGAGUCGGCCCAUCAUGGGUUAGCUCCUGGCCCCGACCGGCCUGAUACCCUCGUGUUGCUCAUGGCGGCGCGCCCUGAUGAAAAGAACCGUUUUGAUCCCCAGACGAACCAAUGGCUUCUCAACAACCUGCUAUUACAUUUUCCUCAACUUAUGACGGAGACGAAUCACGAUAAUCGUCGCCCCCUGGACGAAGCCAUCCACUGGAACAACCAGGCUUUCAUCAAGUGCAUCCUCUCUAGCAAGUACUCUGAGACCGAUCAUUUCAAGGAACUCCUGGCAAAUACUGAAAAGGGAGAGGAGGGCGCUCAGGGCAAGAAUCGGGGCCCAAACUGCAUCCAACUCGCCAUCGACCACCACCUUGACGCCGAUUUAACUGUGCAACUAAUUUCCAAAGCUGCGCCGCAGGCCUUUGAGACGACGACGGCCGUUGAGAAACGGACCCCACUACACAUGGCUGUUGAAUACAAAAACUGCAAUGAAUCGGCUAUCCGGGUGAUCGAGGCCCUCAUCAAGUACGGAGACGGGGCGUUUAACGUCGAGGUCGACGGCCGCUCGGUAUACCAGCAUCACACAUCGUCUAUCGCUCGAGGGACAAAGCGUGCCGAAAAGACUGAGGCUAACGCAGCGCAGUCAGUGGGGAACAAGACUAAAGCCGCCAAACCCGAUAGAACUCCACCCCAGUGGAAGUGCGGGAAGGACGGAGAGCAAAAGGCGAAGCGUGGCGAGCAAAAGGCAAAAUCCAGCGACCACCACGAGGCGAAUGGAGAGGCUGGCUCGUCGAACACGGGCGAGAAGCUGGGCCAGGACAGGGAGAAGCUUCGCGGCAGAUCUGAAGAAAAGCGAAGUGCGAUGGCUUCCCACUCGGGGUCAGAUCCACCAACCCCGAUCCUGAUCCUGACUGGGAGACGAAACUCAAUAGCAAACGCUAUUCCCCGCAUAUCAACGGCCAGCGAGCCACUGAAUAGGGUAUAUGAAGGCCUUGCGGAGAAGUUCUCGCAAGCUGCGGCGGACAAGAUAGCCAAGAUGCUCAAGAUGCACUUCCUUCGGAGCACAUUUGAUCCGACCCGGACCGGCAGCCAAGUCAGGGACCACGACUCGGCUGUGAGGUUCCUUUACGGCGAGAAUCGAGAAUGUCGGAUAGACAUGGUUUUCUUCUUUCGCUGGUUAUACGAUCACCAACACAUCCGCAACAUUGUUAAGCUCAUCGUCGAUGACCACAAAGAAAAGCCUCACAGUGACGAGGCGAUUGAGACCGCACUCAACGGAAUCGACGUGGAAAUACUGGACUGGAGGAAGCUGGACAUGUGUCCCAUGUCCAUCCGGAGAGCCUGCAAAGACUCUAACCUGCGAGAGCUGCAUCUCCAAUGGAGUGGGAACAAUGCUGUCUUGCGUGCCUGGAGCGAGCCGCAAGGACUUGGCCAAAUCGAGACCUUGGAGAAGAUUCACCUUCACCCCAUGAAGCCUCUUGACUCUGUCAAGCGUGCCAGACAAAAUUUCAAGGAUUUCCAAUCGCGACUCGCACAGACUCGUAGAGAAAUGCACUCUGCCGAGAUCGAGGUACUCGACCCAUUCGAUGAGGACAACGGUUUGAGGAGAAUUACACGGCGGGCUCGCCCCAAAGCCGAGAGCAAGCUCGAAGUUGAGGCGCAUGAGUGGCUUGAAGUAAUGGACAGGUUCGCCAACGGCCUCGUGAACCUAGAGGGGCGAUACCCGGGCAAGUUUCCAAAGGGCGUCAUCGUAGCGGUGAUUGAUGACGGGGUUGAUGUCCUGCAUCAGGCGCUUAGCGGAAAAGUCUAUGCCGGGGAAAGCUUUGAUCAGGGCCAUUGCGACCCCAAUCUUCGGGAGGCAAACGCCCCUACCAGCAUUCUGAUCGACGGCGAGUUUCACGCCUGCGAGUGCGGCAAAGGCAAUCGACUGGGCGGUGCGCCAAGGCGCGGACAUCAUAUCGAUGUCGUGGACGGUCCGGCAGAGCGACCUGAACAAGGAGGACAUGAAAAAGCUGGAAAUCGCGGUAAAGGGGCUUGUGCCUUGGGGAAGCUCCUCUUCUGCGCGGUGCCCGACGUGGGCGUUAUCAGCGCUAACGACUUGGCAACGUACUACCCGGUGGGCUGCGACUCGCCGGAAAAGUUUCACAUUGGGGCGUCUACGGCCGACGGCCACCAGUAUCGCUGGACGGCGGACCCGGUGGGCAACGGUAAGAACAUCUACUUUACGCUUCCGGGGCACAUGGUGAUGGUCAAGGACGAGGACCAGCUCGGGGAUAACGAUAUUAAUCCCCAUACGGGCUCCUCCAUCGCUACGGCUCUCGCGGCUGGGUACGCUGCCCUCGUCAUCCAUUGCAUCGACCUUGCCGUGGCCUACGUCACGAAACCUGACCUGUACCAGCAGCAACCGCAGCAGCAACCGCAACCGCAACCGCAACCGCAACAGCCGCAGCAACAGCAGCCGCAAAAGACCAAAAGCAAGAGCAGUGAUUGGGCAAGGCAAGCGGCGGAUAUUUCAAAGCUGGAACAGCGCGGGCUCCCUCCAAAGGAAUGCGAUCGGGUCAAGACGCCGGCCAAGAUGAAGGAGAUCUUCAAGUGGAGCCUCCAGGGAGGCGGUACCUUUGACGAGGUGGGCAGGAUUAUUGGCAACUCGGCGGUGCAGGACCACGAGAAGAUGGACAAGAUUGUCAAUUUAGCUCAACAGUUCCUCACGACUAGGGUUGACGGGUAUUGA